CGAACAGUCGUAAACGCGAUACCAAACUAGCACCACGCACCAUUGGCUGCUAAUCUCGCGCUACUGGGUCAAACAGACCACCUUACCAUGGACUAUCUUCCAAACAAAAAACCCAUAAUGUGGUUCCAAGUUAUUCUGGUGCUCUUAACAUACUCUUCAGCAGAACCGCAGUUGGAUUUGCCGCCAAUAUCGAGCACGCAGCGAAAUUAUGGUGGAUACGGUUUCUCGUCUAGUACGCCAACUUCUAUAAACUCUCCUGGGAAUCAGUACGAUGUGAACAGGAAUUUUCAGUACAGUUCUGCAAGACCUGUAACUUCGUCACAAGCGCCAGGGAUAUACCCUGUGUCAUCCACCCCUUAUAGCAUAAACCCUGAUAUAAGUAACAAUGGUUAUCCCAACCUUGAUUACGGGAAUGGUCGAAACCCAAGUUCGACUUCAAGACCUUACGAUGACAGAAAUCGUGACGAUUCUAUUGAUAUAAACAAUGAUCCGAAUUUCAGGAAGAAUGAUCCUAAUUUUGUUCGUACUGAUCCAAAUUAUGUUGGAGCGAAUCCCUAUGAUUUCAAUAGGGGUGUUGUUGAUGGUAAUAAUAUAGAUGAUAGGUUGCAGCAUGUGAAUGUACAGCAGAUUAAAGACUUUUUGGCUCAGGCGGAUGAUCAGGCGUCGAAGGAGUGUACUAACAAUGUAGCUGCUCAGUGGAACUUUGAGACCGAUGUUAGUGAUGCUACUCAACAUGCAGCGUUGGAUGCCCAGCAGCGUUACACCUUAUUCCAGCGUGGUCUCUGGGAGGCAGCUCAGCAGAUACCCCGUGGUGGGCUCCGAGACUUCGCCACUUAUAGGCAGCUGAGGUUGCUCUCCAUCAUUGGACCUGCUGCCUUGCCGCCUGAUCAGUUGGAUAGGUACAACCGAAUAAUCAACGACAUGCUGGCAGUCUACAACACAGCCGAAGUGUGCGCCUACAACGAGCCUUUCAAGUGCGGUCUACACUUACAACCAGAGUUACAGUUCAUCAUGUCGCACUCGAGGGACUGGGACGAGCUGCAGCAUAUCUGGACUGAGUGGAGAAGAAAUACUGGGAGGAGGAUCAGGGAUCUGUAUGAGCAGCUUGUGGAUCUGACUAAUCAGGCUGCUAGGUUGAAUAAUUUCACGGACGCCUCUGCUUACUGGAUGUUCCCUUAUGAAACCAACAACAUGAGACAGGAAGUCGAUGAAGUUUGGGAACAGAUCAAGCCUCUCUACGAGCUCCUCCACGCCUACGUCCGCCGUCGUCUCCGGGAAGCGUACGGCCCUGAGCGCAUCUCCCGUUCUGCGCCCAUCCCGGCUCACAUCCUCGGAGACAUGUGGGGACAGAGCUGGUCGGGAAUCGUGCCCGUCACGCUGCCGUACCCGGGGAAGAACUUAGUGGAUGUCACGCCAGAGAUGGCGCAACAGGGCUACACCCCCCUAACAAUCUUCCAACUAGCCGAGGAGUUCUUCGUGUCGAUGAACAUGUCAGCCAUGCCUCAGGACUUCUGGGCUCUGAGCGCGCUGCAGCAGCCGGGUGAUCGACACAUACACUGCCAACCUUCAGCGUGGGACUUUUGUAAUAGACAUGAUUAUAGAAUCAAAAUGUGCACGCACGUUGACAUGAAGGACUUGAUAACAGCGCAUCAUGAGAUGGCGCACGUUGAGUACUUCCUCGCAUACAGGAACCUUCCCAAAGUCUUCAGAGAUGGUGCCAACCCAGGUUUCCACGAGGCCAUCGGCGAGACGAUUGCUCUCUCCGUCUCUUCACCUCGCCAUCUCCAGACCCUCGGCCUAGUCCAACGCUCAGUGGACGACACAGCUCACGACAUCAACUACCUCUUCACUCAAGCUAUGGAUAAACUGGCCUUCCUGCCGUUUGCGCUCGUCAUGGACAAGUGGAGAUGGGACGUGUUCACUGGAGAUGUGAGAAAGGAGCAGUAUAAUUGCCAUUGGUGGAGAUUGAGGGAGCAGUAUCAAGGCAUCAAGCCUCCCGUCCUUCGUUCCGAGCUGGACUUCGACCCUGGUUCCAAGUACCACAUUCCGGCCAACAUCCCGUACAUAAGAUACUUCGUGAGCACAGUACUGCAGUUCCAGAUCCAUAGAGCUCUAUGUGAACGCACCGGUCAGUUCAUACCUGGUGAUCCGUCAAGACCGCUGCACAAAUGUGACAUCUAUAGGAACCCUGAGGCUGGCAGGAUUUUGACGCGUAUUAUGGAGCGUGGUUCCUCAGCACCCUGGACGCAGAUUCUCCAAGAAGCCAUUGGCGAAGGCAGGCUGAAUGGAGAAGCACUCAGGGACUACUUCAGGCCGCUGGAAGACUGGUUGAGAAGCGAGAACUUAAGGACUGGAGAAUAUCUGGGCUGGAGUUACGAUGGGGAUUAUUGUAAAUUCAGUAUCGAGACAGCAGGGUUGCAAGUGUACGGUGGCUUCUACAACGCAGCGUAUCGUCACUAUGACGUCACAAGUUUCGUCACUAUCCUCCUAGCGUCACUCCUUACCACGGUUUUUGCUUUGCGUUGGCGGUAAAAAUAAUGACGAAACUUUUUGACGUAAUGGCAUGAUUUUUAUUCUUUUGAUUUUGAAUAAAUUAUUUAUUUUAAGCAUUUUUUGAGACAGUGAAUUGCGGGAAAUUUAUUUUGGUCCCUUUUUGAUUAGUACAAAGUUUUAAAGCUACAUUAUACGUUGUGUCUAAUAUUAUUAAUUAUACAAUUAAUUUAAACAAUCUGUCUCUCUCAGGGUUUAAAAAAACAAGACAUGUUUUAUUUUAGAAGACUAGACUUUAAGGAAUUUAUAUAUUUUUGUAAAUAGCAUAAACUAACUUGAGAUUUUAGUGUGUUAUUGUGAUACAAAAUAAACAAAAAUACUUUUAA